GCCGACAUCAGCAGACACAGCAUCUCUCUUCUGAAAGCAGAAACCAGAAUCAGAAUGGCUGACAGCCCCUGGCAAAAUCUAUGGUCAGGGAUAAAACCUGCCACUGAUGAAAUCCAGGGGAUUUGCUCUGUGCUGAAGAGUUAUGUGGAGGAUAAAACAAAAAAAACCUACAGGGAAUUCAGAGCAAUUGAGUACUCUGAGCAGCUUGAGGGUGAAAGAAACAAUGCUGUUAGGGUUUAUGUUGCAGAAGAAAAACUGAUCGAUCUGAUGGUCUGCUUACUCGCACCAAACAACAUUCCUAAUGGAUCCUGGAAGGUUGCAUUUGAACUGAAGGAGGUCUUGCAAAACCGUACACUGGAUGAUCCUCUACCACCCCCGCAAAAGCUCAACUAAUACAAAGAGGCGACCUGUUUCUAUUUUCUACAGAUGGCUGGCUCCAAGAAAGAUGUUCUGUUUUUAUAUCUGGAGUCAAUUUAAACAUGAUCAGUUAAAAACACUGUCAUUGUCACUGUUUACUCUUGUCAGCAUUGGAUGUAUGUUGCAAAGACAAUAAAAACAAAGAUUUAAAUAAAGUUAAUAAACAAGAAACAGGCA